CACUGUGUUACAGUUUUCAUUUCAUUUGCAUUUCUCUUUUUAUUUAAUAGUGAGAUAUAGUAGUAAAAGUGAGUGGAUUUGUGGGAACAUAUAUACAUGUGGGUUGUUGUUCCAAUCUUGUCAAGCUUGCGUGGUUUCAUAAUUGAGCUUUUUGGGUACUCUAAAAAUUAAAUCUUUUUUGCAAUCUUGCUUUCUAGAUUUGGGAUUUUGCACCGCUUUUAGUCUCUCUACUCUCUAGACACUUCACCGAAUAGUGUGCUGUCCUCAUUUUGAAAGAGAGAGAGAGAGAGAGAAAGAGAGAGAGAGAGAGAGAGAGAGAGAGAGAGAGAGAGAGAGAGAGAGAGAGAGAGAGAGAGAGAGAGAUGGCAGGAAAGUCAGAUGAACCAGCACCACAUCCACCAAAAGAUCAGCUUCCUAAUGUUUCUUACUGCAUUACUAGUCCUCCUCCUUGGCCUGAGGCUAUCCUUCUUGGAUUUCAGCAUUAUCUGGUUAUGCUCGGUACCACAGUUAUCAUUCCUACGGCUCUAGUUCCCCAAAUGGGAGGAGGAAAUGAGGAGAAAGCGAAAGUUAUUCAGACAUUGCUAUUUGUUGCUGGGCUGAACACCUUGUUGCAAUCUUACUUUGGAACUAGACUACCAGCUGUGAUUGGAGCGUCUUAUACCUUUGUUGCACCUACAAUUUCAAUUAUCCUUUCGGGACGAUGGGAAGACCCAGACCCUGUUUCGAGAUUCAAGAAGAUAAUGCGGGCCACCCAAGGUGCACUUAUCGUUGCUUCAACACUUCAGAUUGUCCUGGGCUUCAGUGGUCUUUGGCGCAAUGUUGUAAGGUUUUUAAGCCCGCUUUCAGCUGUUCCUUUAGUUUCUCUUGUCGGCUUCGGGCUCUACGAAUUUGGUUUUCCUGGGGUUGCCAAAUGUGUUGAAAUUGGGUUGCCGCAGCUGGUCCUUUUGGUCAUUUUCUCUCAAUAUUUGGCCCAUCUGAUACGCCCAGGAAAGAAUAUAUUUGAUCGUUUUGCUGUUCUUUUCACGGUGGCAAUUGUAUGGAUAUAUGCCCACCUGCUAACAGUGGGUGGGGCUUAUAAUGGGACUCCACCAAAGACCCAAGCAAGCUGCAGAACUGAUCGUGCUGGACUCAUUGAUGGUGCUCCAUGGAUCAGAGUUCCUUACCCCUUCCAAUGGGGACCACCUUCAUUUGACGCUGGUGAAGCAUUUGCUAUGAUGAUGGCUGCAUUUGUUGCUCUUGUUGAGUCCACUGGUGGUUUUAUUGCAAUAACGAGAUAUGCAAGUGCUACUCCUUUGCCACCAUCCGUACUCAGCAGAGGUGUAGGUUGGCAGGGAAUUGGCAUUUUACUGUCUGGGUUGUUUGGCACUGGGAAUGGAUCUUCUGUAUCUAUUGAGAAUGCGGGCCUUUUAGCACUGACACGUGUUGGCAGCAGAAGAGUUGUUCAGAUAUCUGCAGGGUUUAUGAUUUUCUUCUCGAUUCUCGGAAAAUUUGGAGCAGUCUUUGCUUCUAUACCAGCACCCAUCGUAGGUGCUUUGUAUUGCAUUUUCUUCGCUUAUGUAGGCGUUGGAGGCUUAAGCUUCCUCCAGUUCUGCAAUCUGAAUAGUUUCCGCACCAAGUUUAUAUUAGGUUUCUCCAUCUUUCUGGGUUUAUCAGUGCCACAGUACUUCAAUGAGUACACAGUUAUUGCUGGUUAUGGACCUGUUCACACGAGUGGACGCUGGUUCAAUGACAUGGUUAAUGUGCCAUUCUCAUCGGAAGCAUUUGUCGCGGGUAUCCUGGCUUAUUUCUUGGACAACACAAUGCACAAAAAGGAUAGUCAGGUAAGGAAAGACAGAGGCAAGCCGUGGUGGGACAAGUUUAAGUCUUUCAAAACCGACACGAGGAGUGAGGAAUUCUAUUCCCUUCCAUUCAAUCUCAAUAAGUAUUUCCCAUCUGUGUGAUUUUCGGGUCAUAUCAUCACGAGUCUGGGUGUUCCUCCCACACCAUUGAGAGCUUUAUUGGGACAGCAUUAGUGCUGCAACACCAAUUUGCUUUCAUAUGUACCUGCAACAUGCAAAAGGUAGUAUAAAUAGUCUGACCUCUCGGAAGAUGCUUAUAACAUUUGUUAAUUAUUUUCUUUGUUGUAAAGUCAUGGUUAUAUGUACUUGAGUAGUAAUACUGUAAUAGAAUAAGCUUGCUGCUUUCAACUUAUAAUGGUGAUUUCAGCAGCAGUAAGUAAGCCUCUCGGAUAUGGGAUCAAGCAGACUUGUAAUCGGUAAUACUGAUAACGAUGAUACCAUAAUAGUAUCAUAAUAUCAUUUUCACCGGCAAAAGGAAAAAUGAACACAGAUUUAUGUAGGUCAAUGUUAAAUUGA